AUGCGUCUCCAGUUAAUGAUAUUUGCCUUAGUUCUGACCCUAUGUCAGGGUCUAGACAAAGUGGAUAAUAUUUUGUCGGAUCAAUUUAUUGAAAUUGUUCGCAGUAAGGCCAAAACAUGGACCGUUGGAAGGAACUUUCACGAAUCCGUGUCAAUGGCCCACAUUCGCCGUUUAAUGGGCGUUCAUCCCGAUGCCCACAAAUUUGCUUUGCCUGAUAAGAAGUUGGUAUUGGGCGAGGAACAACAUCUACAAGAUGUCCAAAUACCGGAAGAAUUUGAUGCCCGUACGCAAUGGCCUCAGUGUCCAACUAUUAAGGAGAUCAGAGAUCAAGGAUCGUGUGGUUCAUGUUGGGCAUUCGGUGCUGUGGAAGCAAUGUCUGAUCGUGUCUGUAUUCAUUCGAAUGGUACGGUUCAUUUCCAUUUUUCUGCCGAUGACUUGGUUUCCUGUUGCCAUACUUGUGGAUUCGGAUGCAAUGGCGGAUUUCCCGGUGCUGCUUGGAGCUAUUGGACACGCAAAGGUAUUGUAAGUGGUGGUCCCUAUGGUUCCAAACAAGGAUGUCGUCCCUAUGAAAUCGCCCCCUGUGAACAUCAUGUCAAUGGCACACGUCCCCCCUGUGAUGGUGAACAUGGCAAAACUCCCCGUUGCCAGCAUCAAUGCCAAGCUUCCUACAACAUUGACUACAAGACGGAUAAACACUACGGGUCAAAGGCUUACUCGGUUAGCAGAAAUAUUCAGGAUAUCCAAAAGGAAAUAAUGACAAAUGGACCAGUGGAGGGUGCCUUCACCGUCUAUGAAGAUUUAAUUCUCUACAAGGACGGAGUUUAUCAACAUGUUCAUGGCAAAGAAUUGGGCGGUCAUGCUAUUCGCAUUUUGGGCUGGGGUGUUCAAAAACCGGAGAAUACACCAUACUGGUUGAUUGCCAACUCCUGGAAUACUGAUUGGGGUAAUAAUGGAUUCUUUAAAAUUCUACGUGGUGAAGAUCAUUGCGGCAUUGAGAGUUCCAUUUCUGCUGGCUUGCCAAAGCUAUAAAUG